CACUAAACGGUGACAAUUUAUUGCGGUUCCGUUUUGUUUAUGUGAAAGCAAGAUGUCUAAAGACGAUAAAGAAAAGACACAAAUUAUCGACAAAGACUUGGACCUUUCCAAUGCGGGGCGUGGUGUUUGGCUGGUUAAGGUACCCAAAUAUAUUGCGCAAAAAUGGGAGAAGGCACCAUCCAACAUGGAUGUGGGAAAACUCAGAAUAAGCAAGACACCGGGACAGAAAGCGCAAGUCUCGCUUUCGCUAACGCCAUCGGUUCUUGCUCUAGAUCCAGAAAAGAAAAUACCCACAGAACAUGUUUUGGACGUGUCCCAGGUGACGAAGCAAACUCUUGGUGUUUUCUCACACAUGGCGCCCGCAUCCGCUGAAAGUGGGACAAACAGUGGUAAGGAGAACUCGACGACUGCGACCACUUCGGACAAUGAGAAACUUUAUAUGGAGGGUCGGAUUGUUCAAAAACUUGAGUGUAGGCCGAUUGCCGACAAUUGCUAUAUGAAACUUAAAUUGGAGUCAAUACGUAAAGCUUCGGAACCACAGCGACGUGUACAGCCCAUCGAUAAAAUUGUGCAAAACUACAAGCCCGUUAAGGAUCAUGCACACAAUAUUGAAUACCGUGAGCGCAAAAAGGCCGAGGGAAAGAAGGCUCGAGAUGACAAGAAUUCUGUUAUGGAUAUGUUAUUUCAUGCUUUUGAGAAACAUCAAUAUUAUAACAUCAAGGAUUUGGUUAAAAUUACCAAUCAGCCAAUUAGUUAUUUGAAGGAGAUUUUAAAGGACGUCUGCGACUAUAAUAUGAAAAAUCCGCAUAAAAAUAUGUGGGAACUUAAGAAGGAAUAUCGUCAUUACAAGACUGAAGAGAAAAAAGACGAAGAAGAGCAUAAAUCCGAUGGUGGCAGCGACUCCGAAUAGGUCAUAGUGGAUGUUAAUGACCAAAUAACAGAUUAAUACAUGCUUGGAUUGUUUUCCCAUACAUAGUAGACUUAUUUACCUAAUGUAAUUCAUUAAAGGUGAAGUAAAUGAAGUCAGAUUAGUUUGGCAGUGAACAGUA